AUGAAAACGGCUCAUAUUACAACCUUGGCCGUGUCUUGUUUCUUUUAUCUUGCCAGUGCUGCCACGCAUCGUACCAAGGUGGCCAUUCUUGGUGGUGGCGUCAGUGGUAUUAGUGCCGCGUUAAAAUUAACAGAGGAAGGUAUUCAUGAUUUUAUCAUGAUCGAGGCAAGACACGAACUCGGAGGAAGAGCACAAAAUGCACCGUUUGGUAAUACGCAUGUGGAGCUUGGCUGUAAUUGGGUUCAAGGUCUUGGAACAAAUCCGAUCAAUGAAUUAGCCAAAAAGUACAAAUUGAAUACGGCUUCUACGAAUGGCGACGAUGUUGUCUUUUAUGGCGAAAAAGGAAAGAUUGAUGGAGAAGCUAAAUAUAAAAAGUUCAAUGGUUAUUAUGAAAAGAUGACAAACAAUGUUCUCAAACGAAUCAAGCGUAAUUUAGCUGAUCUGUCUGGUCGUGCUGCUCUUGAUCUUGCUGGCUGGACUCCCAAGACGUUCCUGGAUGAUGCUAUUGAGUACUAUGUAUGGGAUUGGGAGAUGGGAGAAACGCCCGAGCUCUCGUCUUCUAUGUUUACCGUACUUAAUGACAACUGGACCUACACAGGCUUUGGUCCGGGAAGUGAUGGAGAUAACAUGGUCCUUGAUAAUCGCGGUUUCAAGUAUAUCUUUCAGCAAGAGGCCAAGAAGGCUUUUAAAGCAAAACAAUCACGCUUGAUGUUGAACUCUAUUAUUACCAAAAUCGAAUAUAGCAAGGAAGGCGUGACAGUUUAUACCAAGGCAGGAGAUGUCGUGCAUGCAGACUAUGCCAUCAGUACUUUCUCUGUAGGCGUGAUGCAACACAAGGACAUCGAAUGGAGCCCUCAGCUUCCUGAAUGGAAGAUGGAAGGCAUCUAUGCAUUCCACAUGGCAACUUAUACCAAGAUCUUUAUGAACUUUCCUUAUAAAUUCUGGGAUGACAACGAGUUUGUCGUAUGGGCUGAUCCUGAUCGUCGUGGUUAUUUCAAUACUUGGCAAAACCUAAACGCCAAGGGCUACUUGCCUCAAAAUACAAGCACCAACAUCUUCUUUGCCACUGUCACUCAAGACAUGUCUUAUGAGAUCGAACGAAUGACGGACGAAGAGGUCAAGCAGGCUGCUCUCAAAGUUCUCCGUCGCAUGUAUGGUGAUCAUGUCCCCGAACCUACCGACAUCCUGUUCCCUCGUUGGCACUCAAACCCUCUGUUCAGAGGCAGUUAUUCUAAUUGGCCCAUUGGCGAGUUAAGCCAGCAUCACAUCAACAUGCGUGCUCCCUUACAUAAUCGUCUUUUCUUUGCUGGUGAGGCCUUGUCUGCAAAAUACUACGGUUUCCUUCAAGGUGCCUGGUUCACAGGGAUCGAGGCUGCAGAAAGUAUUAGCCAGUGUAUGAAGAGUAAAUGCCCUAUUGCCCAUUAUUUCCCCGAAAUCACCAAUCCUGUCAUUUAUCCAAAUACUAUAGCAAAACGUGAUAUUAUCGUUUAA